AUGGCAUUUCGAACAGUAUCUAAAAAUUCCUCAAUUUUGAGACUAUUUGAUAAAGCCGGCACUGAAAGAUUUAACACAACUAGGAAAUUUGCAACCUUCAACUUUAUAGACGAUAAAAAAACAGCCGAAGAAACAGUAUAUUUUAAAAAACAAGAGGAGGAAAUUUUGGCUCGUAUGCUUGAAAAGGACCCUUCCCUGGACCCUCGCUACUCUGCUCCCUCUCACGAACUUGAACUCUUUAACGAUUUAGCACUAGCCUUGUCUAAGUUUGGAUUAACUGAUCCACCACUCGCCCUAAUGGAAGAGGUUGUACUAGUUUUUAAGAAUAACGGAUAUUCCAAAAAAUAA